AGAGAACUUCAUUCUAAUCCCAUCACCCACAUUCCAGAUUAUGCGUUUAGAGGGAUGGAAAAACUUGCCGACUUGUAAGUAAUGUAGAAAUCGCAAAUAUAACAACUGAGGUCAUACAUUCUGUUAAGUAAAAAUCGAAGAUAAGUUCGAGGACGUGCUGAACACUAGCAUGAGCGAUGGAAAGAAAAAAAUGGCUUUCUUUAUGAAUUAUCUGGAUCGGAAUCUGGAUCCACUUUGUUUCAUUGACGUUAACAUUACAAUUAGAGGCCCCCAACUUUUAUCCUUCUGCACCUGCGCAAGUCAACUUAUGCUCAUUUUCAUCACUCGUGUGAACAUCAAUUCUGUUUAUGCUUGCGUCGCUUGCGAGUUAUCAUCUGCAGACAAGUGUUGUUUAAUAUCUUUUAUUACAAAAUUCACUUGAGGAUUUCAUCCACCGACCGAUUAAGUUUAUGAUUUAUUGUAAUGAAGUAACAUUUACACAACAGCGUCAACCAAGGCACGAAUGUGUUUGAUUGGGAAAUCUGGCUUAAGAUGUGAUACCAAUCAAACGUGAAAUCCAAAGGCGGAUUUCGAUUUUCGAUCGGUGAUAUCGUAAUCUCAAAUCUAAAGACAAAGAAGGUUCAAAUACAGAUUUUCCAGUACAUAAAAGUGCGCAUAUACAUUUCAUAAUUUUAACGCAUAGAUAAUGCCUCUUUUGCAGACGUUUGACCUGGGAAAGGGUGAACACGGUUGGUCACAACGCAUUCGUAUCCCUGCCUUCUUUAACAAGACUGUAAGCACUGAAUUCUUUCUUACAACUUCAGUUUUAUCCUUCAAUCUUUCAUUUUACCAUUUGCUUGUUCACUUGCUUUAGUUCAGCAAGUCCUCACUUUUGCAUUCAUUUAUUUCUGUCUCUCUUUUAGGUCACUGGUCAGCGUAAAACUAGUUAAAUUUCCAAAUUUGACCGGGACAACGCGUCUUCAAGAAUUGUACGUACCAUUUGAUUGUUAACUUCCCUUGUAAUAUCUUUACCAUUUACGAAAAAGGGUUAAGUUUAAGGAAUGGGGCACUUAUGUGCUAGUUUUGGCCGAGACAGAAGGCGCUUAUUCAAAGUGUACGGUGUUCAAUGCUUUCAAAGUAUCACGAUGAGUCAUCGACAAUAUCGUGAAAAUUAAGAAUCUAAGUUCCAACAUGAUAAAGAUCUCAUUGCGUUUUAAGUUAUCCAAUUUAUAUUAACGAAUACCGUUUGUAUUUAGUAGCACAGGCCGUUUCCCUUUGAAAAAGAGUGGAAGGAUCAUGUAUUAAAGGAUGAGUGACUCAUUCAUUUCUGAUUUAUAUUUUAUUGUCUGAAGGACUGUGUCGUUUUGUGAGAUCCGUGAGCUACCCGAAGACCUGUGUCAAAAGCAAAAGGAUUUGGUUGACUUGUAAGUGGAUAUUAUAUUCAAAGCGUUCAGUCUAGCAAUUAUAUUAGCUAAAAUCCUCCAUAUGCAAUUAAUGUUUUAAUUAGUAGAAAACAAAUUACCUGUCAAUGAAGGUCAUAUUUACAUAUUAGAGACGCCAAAUGUUAAUCAGUGUACUUUUAAAGGUCUUUUGUUUGAUAAUAACCCUGCAGGCUAAUCUCUUUGAUUCUAAAUAAUAACUUCACUAACAGGCACUCGGUUCUCAUUUCAGGACAUUGAAUUUCAACAAAAUUGUUCGCAUGCCAGACCUGUCUGGGUGUUCCUCGCUUUCAGUGCUGUAAGUAUUUCAUAGGCAGUCUAGGAAACAGUAUACCCUCUGGGGCAACCGAGUAAGUUAUAAAACUGCAAUCUUUAAUAUACAUCUUUACUUUGUGGUUUGAAAAAGCGUACCUUACGUCCCAGCGUAAUGCUUUUAAAUGCUCUUAUGCGAAGUUGGGUAGCAGUGAUUUUAUUUCGUGAUCUUUUCCUCGGAAAAAACUUAAAUGCUCUGUGUGAAGGUGUCAUUUUGGCCGCCGUCUGCCACAAUGUCUUUUUUCUCUUUCCCUUUCCGCCCUUUGCCUUAAGUCAUCCGACACUUAGAUUAUUAACUUAUAACUUUGAAAUUUCAUCUUUAAAACAUAAUACGCAUUUCAAGCGACGGAUUAACGCCGUAGCUGUUAAUGAAUUUCAUUAGCACUGACACUUCUCCUACUCGGGAAUGUACGGGAUAUUGUCCGACGACCAGUCACAUUGUUUGUAACGCACAUAAAAAUUUUCUCCGAUUACCGUUUUACAAAUGGUUUACGAUAAACGUUAUGAGUUUCAAACACGAAUCGAGAAACGAGGGGGCCUGAGUACGAGACCACUACUAUGAGAAUGGUUAAUGACGUCAGCGUUUAUAGACACCUACGUUUUUCAACCUCGCUCCCAGGGCCUCUAUUUCAUCAUCCUACGUCAUUUGAUUCCUCACAUAUCUAGAUUGUAGACGAUUUCUUAGUCAUGCCACACCUAAUUCUUAGCAGGAAAGAUAUAAUCUUGGUAGUUAAUUCAAGUUAAUAUAAUUUGAUCAAAACAGUAUUUUUCUUUUCCUUAACAGGAAAAUAGAGCAUAAUAACAUCAAAUCGAUUGGAAGUUCUUUAAGAAACUUGGGAAUUCUUAAAGACCUGUAAGUAGUCUACAAAUUUAAGUAAUACCGGCUUUCUUGAAAUGCAAUUAUCAAUACACCAAGUUAACUUAUUUGUGUAAUGCAAUAGCAAACAAUCAAAAUAAAGUAUUGUAAACCGAAUUGAUUUUUCCAUUUAAUUGAGGAAUUUUUUUACUUGCUCACCCUUCCGUUUCUUCGGUAAAAAGGAAACCAAGCUUAUUCAUUUCUACUUUGCGCAUUCUACAUGAAUUUUAUAGCAAAUUCCGUUAUGGUUCAAUAUGCCAUUACAAUACCGUUAAAUUCCCCUUAUAACCCCCUCCCCCCGAGUGUAAGGCCCAUCUAACUGUAUACAAAAAUACAUCCGGUUAUAACCCCCAUCCCCUCCCCCCCCCCUCCCCGAUAUAAGCUCUCCUCUCUAGCUUGCAUUAAAAUAAUGUUGAUUUUCUACGAGGUUUUGAAGCUUAAAAAGCUUAUUUUUGAAACGCUUUUUUUAAGUCCGGUUAUUUAACAAAUCGACCUCAAUUUUCCUAUUCCAAGGUCUUCACUCUUAUAGACCAUAGAAAUGACGUCAUAAAAUGUUUAACACUCAAGUGGAACCACGAGCCACAGGCGAGUGGUUUCACUGCAAAGUUUUGAACAUUUUAUGGCGUCAUUUCUAUGGUCUAUAAGAGUGUGGACCAUCAAAAAUUGUGGUCGAUUUUUUUUUACAAUAACAUUUAUUUUUACGAAAAACCAAAAACAAAACAACCGGCAGUGCGAGACAUGUUACGUCAUUUCCAUGGUCUAUUCUCUCAUAGACCAUAGCUCUCGCCCAAUCAGCGCGCGAGGAUUCGCUCAAUUAUUAUAAAAACGCCUCUCGAAUACAAGCCCCACCGUUUAUGAGCCCCUCUAAAACCCCUUAUGAAGUUGUAUAAGGCCAUAGCUUAUAAGUGGUCCUUCACGGCAUAUGGUUUAGUUGAUUUUUCCUCUAAUGCCAUUUCUUCUACAAUGUUUCUUUAGAACUCUCAAAGGGAAUAAGAUACGAAAGCUUGAAAGUAGGACGUUUGAAGGUGUUACUAAUCUUGAAACACUGUAAGUAUUUUCCGGCAGAUAUACUAUAUGACCUAUCAUUUAUAUCAUCGAAUGGAUAUUCAUUAUGCCUGCAUAUUUGAUGAUUUCAUAGUUCUGUUGAGUAGCAGCAUCAAAAGAGAGAUUUAUAUCUGGGAGAAAUUAGAUACAAAAGAACUUCGGUUUUUCCAGGAAUACUUUGAUACUUCUAAUCGUUUUCCAAGCUACAAGUAAGCGCUUUAAAAGUUAAAAAUGCAACAUGAAAAAUAUCUAAGAACGGUUACUAAAAGACUUACCUUAUUAAUUGCAGAUUUAAUAGUAACAUUUAAAGUCUUGUUUACUGAAAAUGUUUCGGCUCACCAAAAAUUUGGUAAUCAUCUGAAAUCUUUCUCCCUCAGUUCUAUGCCUGUAGCGGGAAAAUGAUAAUCAAGUGCCAUGGUCGCUUUUGCUGUAGUAAUGUCUGAACUACAUUCUUUAUUUAGUUUAACUUACUAUUUUAAUAUCCUUGCAGGAACCUGGCAAAAAAUGAAAUAAAUUUCAUUGCAGAUGAUGUUUUUGCACCAUUUAAAAUGAUCAAAAUUCUGUAAGUAUAUAUCAUCAUAUGGAUAGAAUUUUUUUGAUCGGGAUUGAAAAACUAAAUAGUAUAAGCUUGUACAGCCUUUUAUGCACAACCCAGAACAAACUUAAAAUCCGCUAUAUAUUUAAGGGUCAUGACCAUGUGACUGGUCAUAGGUCGAAUUCUAAGACUUAAAACAUAAAGCUGCGUGAAUUGAUUUUCAAAAAUAAUUGUGUUAGGAAUUUGGAAAAGGGUAACUUUCUUAGCUUUCUUCUUCUUCUUCUUUUUUUUUUACAUUGGUUACAAACGUUCCGUGCACAAAAAUAUCAAAGAUCGAUAAAUGGAUCUGGAAAAUUCCUCCAUUUCCCGUUUUUAACCACUAACAAUUUUUACCUCUUCGCAAAUUUAUAAAACUAUAAAAUUUAAUUCAUGUAUGAUUGGUUUUAUAUUCUUCAGUUUUAAACAGUGAACAGAUUUUAACCGCUAUAAAUCAUGCAUAAAGGUACUUAAGUGAACGAGUCGUGUGUUUGUCCACAGGGAUCUGAGCUACAAUUCAUUUCCCGUGUUGCCAACAAAAGGACUCAAAACUCUGCAGACCCUGAAGAUUCGAGACAACAGAGAACUAAAAGAAAUUCACGCUGCAGAUUUACCAUCCGUUCGACUUGUUGAGGCGCAUUACCCAUACCACUGUUGUGAAUUCCGUAAAGAGAAGAAAGAGAAAAAGCAAGCACUCCCUCAAGGAAAUUGGGAUAAGACACAUGAUUCGUGGACUUGGGACGAGGUUGUAUAUCUUAGAAACUCCUACGGGGAGGAAAACAGGACAGAAUCUACGAUAGACGACAUAUCAGGACUAGGGUCUGGAGAAGUGGAUCCUGUUCUGAUUGAGGGGAGCUCGAAUUCCGAGAUGCAAGGUCCAGUUACAGAUGCGUCAGGCCACACUGGUAAUAUUAUCGUAAUUGAGGAAGACGACAACCAUGAAGUCACAUGCACUCCCGAACCUGCGGACCCUUUUUUUCCUUGUGACGAUCUCAUGGAUGUGACUUUUCUUCGCGUCGUGGUCUGGAUUGUAUUCUUGCUAGCGUUGCUUGGUAACGCAGCUGUGGUUUUCGUCAUCGUUACUCGCAGUUCUCGAAUUGACGUGUCCAGGUUUUUAAUUUGUAAUCUUGCCGUUGCGGAUUUAUGCAUGGGGGUGUACCUCGGUUUUUUGGCCAUUGUGGAUACUUCGACACGAGGCAACUUUCGAAGCUAUGGUGUGGAGUGGCAGUUAAGCAGCGGCUGUAAGACAGCGGGUUUCCUUGCUGUGUUAUCAAGCGAAACCUCGGUCUUUACAUUAACUGUGAUAACCAUUGAAAGAUACAUUGCCAUAACGCAUGCGCUGGAUAUCUCUAAGAAAAUGACUCUGAAGAAGACUGGCAUCGUCAUGCUUAUUGGCUGGGUUUUUGCUUUGAUCUUUGCGACAUUACCCUUGUUCCGCGUCAGUGACUACACCAAGUUCAGUGUUUGUCUUCCGUUUGAAACUGGGGAUUUAAAAUCGUUGGCCUACGUGAUGUCAUUACUCGUAAUCAAUGGAACAGCAUUUCUAGUCAUACUGACGUGUUACGUGAAAAUUUAUGUCACAAUUCGUGGCUCAAAUGCGUGGAAUACAAAUGAUUUUAAAACGGCUCAAAAAAUGGCUCUUCUCAUCUUUACAGACUUUGCCUGCUGGGCGCCUAUAACUUUCCUGUCCAUUGCGGCUGCUUUCGGUGGAGAGUUUGUUAGCCUCAAGUGGGCUAAAAUUUUAACAGUUUGUGUUUUUCCUCUAAACAGUUGUGCGAACCCCUUUUUGUAUGCUAUUUCCACUGCACAGUUUAAGAGAGACUGCAUGUCCUUCUGUCGAAGGGUGAAGACUUCGCAGAUUCCAAAACUAACGAGCUCGAGGAGAAAAUUUUCUAUUUCAAGUGCAGAAAUGAGGCGAAAUUCCCAAGUGAGCUCAUCUAAUGGACUUGAGGGGAUGAUUGCGAAACUUCGAGCUGGUGGAAGGCGAAACUCUCUUCCCGCUUCAAUGAAGUUGAUGGUUCUGCAACCUGAAACAAGCAAAUCAUUGGAAUUCCCUCAAAAAGACAAACAAGUUAUUGUGGAGAGAGUAACAGCUCUUUAA